AUGACUCCCUCGGCGGGCGACAAGGAGCGCAAGACGUCUACGAACGACGACGCGAAGCUGAAGAACAAUUCACCCGCUGCGAAAGAUGGAGGAGCGCCGCCCAAGAGGAAGAGCUCCGAGGCGGCGGCGCAAGAGAAUGGCGAAGGCAAGAAGAAGAGGAGAAAAGUGAACCACGCCUGCGUCUAUUGUCGACGAUCGCAUAUGACUUGCGAUCUGGAGAGACCAUGCGCGCGAUGUGUCAAGCGUGACAUUGGUCAUUUAUGUCACGACGAACCACGAGAACCGCCCAAGAGGAGCAAGAGCGAGGCCGGCGUGGCAGAUAUUGCGCCAGCACCGGGGGAGGUCAUGGGAGCAGACGGGAAGGCUGGAGUGACUUUGAAUGGUGACGUUCAGUACGCGCAGAACGGGGACAUGGCAAUGGGAGCAAUCAAUGGCACAGUGGGGCCUCAACUCGUCCAGCCAACACCUCUAUCGCCUUCGCGGCUAAAACAGCCUAUCCCCAACUCAGGCAAUUCCAGUAACCUGGUACAGAAUCUGGAUUGGAACAAUAACGGUGUGCCGAAUCAAUUCCAGGACAUGCAUCACCUACAUCCGAACUACAUGUUCAAUACGAGCGAGGUGAACAACGAGUACAAUCUGCUCAACGACUUCCUCUCCUCAUCUCUCAUCGACGACGGCGGCCUGUACAACAACGACGAUGCGCAAGCUCUGUUUAACGACCCUCUUCUAAGCACAUCCCCACUCAACGCUCUAGCGGCGAACAACAUGCACCCACCAACUUCUAACCAACAAAGCACGGUCCAACCCGCUGCUCCCUCCCAGACAGCAGCAGGCCAAGAAAUCUCUCGCCCCUCAUCCACCUUCCCCAUCGACUCCCGCGCGCGAGAUAAGUUCUACAUGACAGCCGCCGACCCGGCCGGCCUCGAAAGCGCCGAAAACCGCCUCCACAAACUCCUCCGCGCAAAGUACGACGCCGGCAUGCUCAAACCCUUCAACUACGUCAAAGGCUACGCCCGCCUAAACCAAUACAUGUCGAAACACCUCUCGCGCGAAUCCUCCCUCCGAAUCCUCAAACAACUCGACCGCUUCCGCCCCAAAUUCCGCGAAGCCAUGCAAAGCCUCACCGACAUGCAACUCGUCCUCGUCGAAAUGUGGUUCGAACGCUCCCUGAUGGAAUACGACCGCGUCUUCGCCUCCAUGGCCAUCCCCGCCUGCUGCUGGCGGCGCACCGGCGAGAUCUUCCGCGGCAACACCGAAAUGGCCGAACUGAUCCGCGUGCCCCUCGACAAGUUCCGCGACGGCAAGCUCGCGAUCCACGAGAUCAUCGCCGAGGACAGUCUGGUCAGCUACUGGGAGAAGUUCGGCGCGAUCGCGUUCGAUCAGUCCCAAAAGGCGAUUCUGACGAGCUGUUCGUUGAAGAGGCCCGUCGCGGGGAAUUCUUCGCCUGUCAAGGGGAGUGGUGGGGGUGGGAAGGCGAUGGAGACGGUGAGGUGUUGUUUUAGUUUUACGAUUAGGCGGGAUACGCAUAAUAUCCCUUCGAUGAUCGUAGGCAACUUCCUCCCCAUCCGCGAAAGGGGCGAAUCGUAG